AUGACACAUCCAUGGCACGCAUUCUUACUCUUGGCGCUCACCCUUGAGAUGUUUUCGGAAACUGUGGACGUCUACAGGCCUAACCAUCCGCUUGGUACCGCAACAUCAGGAACCGCUGCGGAUGUGGUCAUUGAUACCCUUGAGGAUACUAUAGGCCGAUCUGAAGCCGAAAAUAUCUUUGCAGCACGGGCGAAAGGCCGUCCUAUGAUCUUGGAUAACCCCCAAAAAGAAAGCAAGUCCCGACUUGAGCAGAAGAGCAGAGCCGCUCUUCGCCAAGAGGAUAAACGGAGGCGAAGACAUAAUCUCUGGUACGGGAAGGAGAGGUUAACUCCGAAAGCCGUGAUAAAGGGCCUCAAGUACUCGACGUUUGUGGAUAUCCACAAACUAUGGUGCGGAUACAUGUCAGAACUCUUAAACUUACCCACGCUAGCGUCGAUCAAUGGACCACUAGAGGCCUACCUAUCUUCGCAUGCUAUCAGCAUGCAGACCAAACUUGUCAAGGCGGAUUUUCAUGGCUUCAAAGCCAGCAAGUGCCCGACACUAAUCGGGUCCUCGGGAGUUGUGAUCGAGGAGACGGCCAAUGUUUUUCGCAUAAUCACCACCGAUGAUAGGGUCAAGGUGCUUCCGAAGCAGAAUUCAAUCUUUACGUUUACGGUUCCGCUCAAUGUUAGCCAGAACGGAGCAAACCAGCAACUCCAGUUUGAACUAUACGGAAACCAGUUCCGGUAUCGGGCAGAAGAUCGUGCAUCUCGAAAGUUCAAAAGCAAAGAGACCAUUGAAUUAUAG